AUGACCCGCCUCAACUCCUCUUGCGGCUCAGUGCGGAGGAACAGGCCAAUUUGCGAGAGUGCCGCGUCGCCUGAAGCGGUGCUGCCGUCUGCUUCUAUUCUGCCACCACCUACCAGAGAGGGAGUUUCUCCUGGCGGUGCAUAUUCCCGCCCUGACGAAGGGCGCAGCAACGACAACGUGACCCCGCAGACACUGAAUGCGGUGAGCUCAUUCGUGGCAAGCGGCAAGACAAAGAAGAUUGCCUCGGACAGUAGCAGGUCCAGUGACUCCAACCUUUCCCAGCCACGCGCCGCCAUGCAGACGAAUCAGGCGCCAGCUACGAACACACGUUCCAGCUAUGGCGCGGCGGCACCGAGGAAAGGCCGCAGCAGACGCGCUUCCGCCGCGGCACAUGUCACCGCCUCCGAAGAGAGCAACCUGCACAACAGCAAUCUUUUUAUUUGCAACUUGGACCCGAGGGUGAGCCAGGCAGAGCUCGAGACAGCGUUUGCCGAGCAUGGCACCAUCCUGAGCUCUGCAGUGAUGCGCGACAUUCACACAGGCGAGAGCCUUGGCACCGCCUUUGUGCGGAUGAGCUCGCACGAUGAGGCCCGAUACACGAUGGAGGCGAUGAACGGCGUGCACGUCGGCUCUCGUUCCAUCUCUGUUCAGUGGGCGAGGCGCAGUGAGGGCGGGCCAGUUGGCGAAGCGCGCAAGAAGAUUAUGAAGCUGUUUGUGCGCAAUGUUCCCCUCGACUGUACGAAGAUCGAUCUAGAGAAGCUGUUUGGGGCGUACGGCAAUGUGCGCCAGGUGACGCUGCACAAGGACACGUCGCCGGUGCAGGAUGAGGCGAUGGUGCGGCUGAUUGCGUUUGUGAUCUACACCGAGGAGGGCGCGGCGGAGCGGGCGGCGCGGGAGGUACACAACACGAAGCCGUUUGCGUCGUGCAACGGCAUCCCCAUCAUGGUGAAGUUGGCCGAGGACCUAGCGAAGCACUACCGCGAGCACAAUCACCAGCACCAGCAGCAACAGGGCGAGUCGACCCCUACCGCAGCUGCCGCCAAGCAGCGGCACCGGCGCAGCCACAGCCAGCGAAACAACUUGACCCGUAUCGCGAGUAAGAGCCCCAGCCACAAACAGGCCAUCAGCAGCGGUAACACCAUCAUGAGCCUGAGCAGCCACACCAGCAGCACCACGCUGAGCAUCCAUGCUGGUCAGUCGAGCGGCGCCGAUGCAUCGAUAGCAGAUAUGGGUGUUUCCGCUGACGUCUCGCUCUGCAAAAAUUACCCUCAGCUCACACCGCCGGAGUGCAACGUGCCACUGCUGAAAACACCGCUGGGCGCGAUGACGUCAGCAACGCUUCCGCAGCAACACAGAAUGAGCUGUGUGAGAGGCGCAGCUCCGCCCUCUGCCGCCCCACUCUCUCCUUUCAACGCUCUUCAGUUUCUGGCGACAACACCGCCAAACGCUGGCGGACGGAUGCCAGCGGUCAGUGUCCCACCAUGUAAAGAUGCGACGGCGAUGCCGUUCGUGGCGGACUCGCAGCGGCCCUCGCUUAUCGACAUUCCCAACAGCCAAGCGGGGCAGAGUUUCUUCUUCAACCGCUCGACACCGCAGCUGUCGCAGUACGCGCCGCCUCAGCAGCAGCAGCAUCACCAUCUGCAGCUUCCCCAAUUGAGCGAGCUACCCAUCAACGUGCCAGUGACGCCCAGGCUCUACCACUUACCGGCAGUUCACGCGGUUCCGGAGUGUCAGGACGCGCGCGCUGCGGUAGUGGUUCCAAAUCUUUGCUGCGAGGCGCUUCCGGUACAGAGCCGCUCUAUGAACGAUUCGCAGCCCAUAGUGGCCUACUCGGACCGAGGGGAAGAGAGCGACCUGCGGAUUGUCGAUACCGCACCGGUAGCGCAUCCGGUCUCGCUGCGACCACAGUCGAACGUUAAAAUGGCGUCGCCAAAGCUGCCGCAGACAUACCGCCACAACCCCUACACCAGCUGCAGCUUUAUUCGCGUGGGCUGA